GCACAAUCUGAACAGCUUCAAUCCCUAUGAUUGGUUAAAAGUGAAUUGGAAUUACAUAAAUCACUAUUGCCCAACAAAUAGAAAUUGAAGGCAAAAAAAUGUAGGCAGUAGAUGAAUAGUGAAGAGAACAGUUUACUGGAAUUGAAAAAUUCUUAUCUUUAUCUUGUCAAUUCAUUUUAUCACUGCAGAGUAAAACACUGUCUUUGGAAAAUGUACACGUUUGUGAAAUAAACCUUAUUUAGUUGCAAAAAAUUUCAUGUAAAAUGCAGAUAACUCAGUUUACUUUGGAUUAAAGGAUUUUCUACUCUUAUUACAGUAAGUAUUACCAAAUCUGUAGAUAUAUGUACACAUAUAUUUGCAUAAAACUCUUAUAAAACUACAGUUAAUUAUCAUACAUAUAUAUUUAAUUAUAUAAUGGAAAUUCGUAAAAGUAUUGAAGCUAAUUUUCUCACCUGCAAACACUGUCAUCAACCAUAUAAACAACCUAAAGCCUUAGUAUGUUUACAUUCAUUUUGCCAGUCAUGUCUAGAAGAUAUUAUUUCAAAGCGUAAAGCAGAUGAAGAAGCCAAAGAGAUUGAAGCCUUGAAAUUGUUGUAUAAAACAUCAAAUUCUAGUGAUUAUACAUCUGGUUAUCGUCGUAAAUGGUCAUCACGUUUUCGUUAUGGUGAUUACUCGUCAUCAUCAGCCUAUGGAUCUUCACGGUAUACUCGACAAGCUCCAACAAAAGAUGAUGUAAUCACAUGUCCAAUAUGUCAAAAGGAUACUAUUGUACCAAGCGGGGGAGUAACAAGUCUACCAGCGGAUCAGUUAGCUGAUAAACUUGCCUCUAUGGUAGAUCGUAUGCCUAAUUUUCCUGUUUGUGAUGUUUGUACUAAAGAACCUUUGAUGACGAAUGCACAUUUAAAUGGCAUUAAAUCUCAACAGUCCAGUAUGCAGACUAGAUUUAAACAGUCAAGAUAUACAGACUUCAAUAGAUAUGCUAACAGUGAUGAUACACUAAGUGAGGAUGACAGUGCAGAAGAUGAAGGGGUUUCUCUUGAUAAAUUAAGUAUGCAAGACAGUGUAGACAAUUCAGAAGCAUUCAGUCCUCAAUCAGCACGUGAAUCCAAUGAUCGACAUAAGGAAAGAAAUCAAAAUCAUUUACGGAAAUCUCUAACCACAGGUCGAAGAUGUAAUGAUUCAAUUGGUCCAAGACCAGCAAGUGCGGCGUGUUUAGAAUGCGGUAAAAGACUGUGUGAUUACUGUCAAGAAGCUCAUUCUAGAAUGCCAGUCACCUCCAACCAUGUACUAAUUCAAGUAGAACAAAUGGAACAACUUCGGUGUGAUAGACAUCCUCGUGAGUUGAGACGAUUUUUUUGUCUAACUUGUCGGGCUUAUAUCUGUAUUAUAUGUGCUUUUGAAACACCUACUGACAAUAUGCUUUCAAAAAAGGAGAAUUUAAUUUACUCUGGUCAUGCAGAUCAUGAUAUAUUAUCGAUGAGACAGGCUGUUUCUGCUUAUCAAGAUCAAUUGAGUUUAAAAAGUGCUGAGACACAAUCUCAUAUGAGUCAAAUUGAACUCUUUUUAACUGGUUUACAGAUCUGCGAAAAUGAAAUGCGUCAGUUACGUACAACAAUUGAAGAUACUGCAAUGGCUUAUAUUGAUCGUAUUCAUUUACAAAGAGCAAAAUUAUGCGAACAGGUGGAUAAAAUGGUCGGUAUUGAAUUAGAUCAAAUAACUACUGAGUGUAAUCGAUUAACAACUGCUACAGCAGCAUGGUAUAAUUUUAUUAACGAUGAUUGUGUCACUAGUCGUUUAGACCUUAUGGAUCCUAUUGAAGCGUUAAGCGAAGCAGGACCAAUAAUGGAUCGAUUGAACAGGUGUUUACAACUAGCUUCCAGUUCAAUGUUAACUACUCCUGAGUGGCAGUUGUUUUUGUCUCAGUUAGCAGUAGCAGAAAAAACUAUCCAAAAUACAAAUUAUAAUUCAAGUAAGCUUGAGAAAACAAACGGUGAUGUCAGUGACAAUGAUGACGAUAAUAAAAGUUGUGACAGUAAUUAUGAAAAAGAACAGUUAACAGAAGAUCCACGUAUAACAUUCUGGCGUUCUAGAAUUGGUAGUUUUCAAUCAGGUGAAGUGAAUCUAGGCCGGAUAGUCACUCCAAGUCAGUUAGCUGCAGAAGCGAAAGUUAAAGCUGCACAAUUCAUCAGUACACAUGUACAAACUGGUCCAGAAUUGAUCAAAACACUACCACCACCAAAAGGAGCACUUCUUCAUCGUGCUAUACAAGUCGACUUUCUAAAUGCUAAUUUAGACGAUCGAGGUACACAGACAGACGCACCAGCUUCAAAAAAUGUAUUUCAUCUUAAAGUGGAUGCUGGUACACAAUAUUUAAGUUCAGAUGUAAAUCCGCCUGUGAGUAUUUAUCGUUCAAUUAAACAAAUUCUAGUUCAAAAAUGAUAACCUAUUGUUCUGAAGUAGAUUCAAUACCUCUGUUUCUCUCCAAACAUUACCUACUUUCAUUGACAACGACAUGAAACAGCAAAGAAGGAUAUACUGACAACAAUUAUCGUUUUAACAAGCAACAGUGUUUCCCUUUGCUCGCUUCCUUUCUGCCUUGCAAAAUUUUUGUGUAUAUCAUAUAACACAGCAUGAUAUUAAAUUGUAUUCUACUCACUUUUCUAUCUCAAAAUGUCAUAUCAGUCAAAUAAAACAAUUUAGAAGUAUAACAAUAAUAAUAAUAAAUUCUUCAACUGUUCAAUGAAUUUGAAAAUUUAAAAAUGCAUUAAAUUAGAUCUUUUGCUUUUCUAAGAAGAUUCUCUUUCUUUGUUAUUUCUUUCUCACAGUUUGUAUAAUUUUAAAAAAUGCACUGACAAGGUAAAGUGAUACUUAUUUCCUUAAAAGUGACUUCUUCUUCCUUAUCGUAAAUUACUGUGUGAGCCUAAUAUUAAAUUUUGAUAUAAUACAUAUAUAUAUUAUAAUAAAGAUGCUAAAGAGUACCUUUGAAGAAACUGUUCUUCGUUCAUGUGGUCUCAGGUCAUCG